CCAAACUUCAAGCUCCCGAAGACACCAAGACACGAAACUUAGAGAGAGAGAGAGAGAGUCAGAAGAAAGCUCUCUGUGAUACACAUUUGAUGGGCCUUUACUUUCCUCUUCUUGUGCUCGAUCAUCAAUGGCCACCAUCUCUCUCCCCACUUCCCUCUCUUCUUUCCUGAACACCCUUCGCAGAUUACCCAUCACCGGAAUCCUCCUCCUCCUCAUCUUCCUCCACUCCCUUUCCUAGUAUCUCCUCUCACCGGAUUCAAUCCCUAAUCAAAAAACCAGACCUGAUUUCGAUCCGGGUUCGUUUCAUUUGUGUUUUGUUUAAUAUAUUUCCAAUCCAAUAGUGUCAGAUCAGUGUUUGAGAAGAAGAAUCGGCAAUGGCAUCGGUGUUUCUGUACCAUGUGGUGGGUGAUCUAACGGUCGGGAAGCCGGAGAUGGUGGAGUUCUGCGAGACGGAGUCGGUGGAGGCGGCGAUAAAGGCUAUCGGAGAUUCGACCGAGUGUGGGAUACCGGUGUGGAAGAGGAAACCACAUGCGGGUAUUGAAACCAAUGAAAUGAGGCAGCAGAGGUUUGUGGGGAUUCUCAAUUCACUUGACAUUGUUGCUUUCUUUGCUAAAAAAGAGUGUAUGGAGGAUCAUGACAAGGCUCUCAACACUCCUGUUGCCGAAGUUGUUGCUCCUAAUAAUUCCCUGCUGCGCCAGGUUGAUCCCGGCACAAGGUUGAUAGAUGCACUGGAGAUGAUGAAGCAUGGUGUAAGGCGUCUUCUUGUCCGAAAGAGUGUCGUAUGGCAAGGCAUGAGCAAGCGAUUUUCAAUUCUCUAUAAUGGUAAGUGGCUCAAGAAUGCCGAUACUAGUGGCAGCAGCAAUAACCUUGGUGCCAGUUCCAAUCGGCCUUCCUCAUCGUCCACUACCAGCGCCCGCGACAAAUUUUGCUGUCUAUCAAGAGAAGAUGUUAUACGGUUCCUUAUUGGUUGCUUAGGUGCUCUAGCACCUCUUCCUCUCUCCUCUAUCUCCUCGGUUGGAGCUAUCAACCCAAACUACAAGUCGAUUGAAGCGACAUCCCCAGCCAUUGAAGCCACUAAGAAACUUCCUGAAGACCCCAGUGCAAUUGCUGUUAUCGAACAGUUGCAGGAUGGUCAGUAUAAGAUUAUUGGAGAGAUCUCCGCCUCCAAACUAUGGAAAUGUGAUCACUUAGCAGCAGCAUGGGCUUUAGCUAAUCUCUCCGGUGGACAAUUUGUAAUGGGGGUUGAGGAUAACAUGUCCUCGAGGUCACUGAAAGUUAUCGCUGUAAAUCAAGCUGCUGGGAAUAACGAUCUUGCUAAUGGUGGUGAGUCGACAAGACCAAAGAAAUUCAGUAGCAAGAGUAUAGGUUUUGACCCUGCAAACCCGAGCUUUGCAGCGAGUAGAACCAUGUACAGGGGUAGAAGUGCACCUUUGACAUGCAAGGUUACAAGUUCAUUGGCUGCUGUCAUGGCCCAGAUGUUGUCUCACAGAGCAACCCAUGUCUGGGUAACUGAGGAUGAAAGUGAUGAUGUUUUAGUUGGAGUUGUUGGUUAUGCAGAUAUUAUGGUUGCUGUCACCAAGCAGCCAGCCUCCGUUGUCCCUCCACCAGGUCGGUCUACUGAGCAUUCUAGCAUCGCUAAUGAAAUCCACAUUUGAACCAUUUGAAUUAUUCCAUUUUUUUUUUGGCUCCAAAUAUUUCUCAAGUCAUCAAAAAAAUGAAGUAUUUCUUAAGUUCUGUUUCCUAUGCUAUUUGUGUUUGGUAGAAUGUACAAAGGGGCUUAAGACUUGGAUUGUAAGAUUUUGACCUUUUG